AUGUCUUCCCCCAUCGUUCUCAUCUUCGGCGCCGGUGCCAAAGUCGGCAAAAGUGUCGCCCAAGCCUUCAGCGCCAAAGGCUACAGACUUGCUCUAGCUUCCCGAUCUCAAGACCCAGCAACCUCAACCGACAAAGAGCUCCAUAUCCCUACAGACCUUGGCGACACUGACUCAGUCAUUCAGGCCUUUACAAAGGUCAGAAGCGAGUUCGGUCAUCCUCAUGUCGUCAUCUACAACGCUUAUCAUGGCGCACCUAACGAUCCCAACGACAUCUUCCAGGUUCCUCUGGACAGCUUCAAGACAAGCGGUGCAGUCAAUAUCUUUAGCGCUUACGCCGCAGCCCAAGAAGCCGUCAAAGGCUGGAAAGACUUCCCUAAAAACAGUAGCCCGACAUACAUUUACACUGGAAACAUUGAAAAUGAGAUGCGUAUUGCGUCAAUGAUGUCGCUGGGUGUUGGAAAGACUGCGGCUGCUUGGUUCAUUGAGGUCGCUGCUGCUUCAUAUAAGGAUCAAGGCUUCAAAUUCUACUAUGCCGAUGAGAGAAAGGAGGAUGGAACGCCUAUGUAUAGUGGAGCAACUGCUGAGGGUCAUGCUCAGUUCUAUGUUGAGCUUGCUGAGGGCAAGGAGCAGCAGGUUUGGCAGCAGACUUUUGUCUCUGGGCAAGGUUACAAGAAGUUCUGA